GAAUGAGCGGGGACGUUUGGUACCGACGUCACAAGCUUACAGUGUUCACAAGAGAUAUAACCUCGCUAACUCCGGAACACUCUCUCUUUCGACAUUCAAUCAUUAUGGAUUUCAGGCGGAUUUCACCGGCCGAGAAUAUUUUCCUUCUCACAGCACUUUUCUUCUCAACGGCUAAAGUGAACGGAUUUGAGGUCAGGAUCACAACAAACCCCACAGCUGUGGAAUUUGGAGAGUCCCUAGAGGUGACCUGCACAACAACAUGUUCAAAGCCACAGAUGAUUGUUGAAUAUAAACCAGGGAUUGCUCCCAACAGAACUCGAGGUGAUAACUGGGUCACAGACCAGUUCCCGAGUGUCCAGAAAUGGGAUUUCACCGUGCCCUGCAUUGUGAUAUGUGAAUCUGGAAAUGAAAACCUGGAAGUUAAAAAGGAGGUUGCAGUUUACAAUCAAGAGUUAAAUGUUCGUCAACUUCCUGGACCGCUGGAAGUUAACAAACCAUAUCAGCUGGAGUGCACUGGUCCGAGGGUCUAUCCGAGAAACAAGCUCAUACUCACGUGGCUCAGAGGGAGUGAGGUUGUUCAGUGUAAUUCCACAGGGGUUGUAGGUUUCCCGGAUGAAGAUGUUCGAUUGAGGAAUGUCCUCAGUUUCACUGCAAGCACUUUGGAUGAUGGACAGGUGUACACCUGCUUGGCAGAGGUGGACUUGGGCUCCAACACUACAAAGCCAAUCACAAAAUCCUCUGUGACUCUGCAAACUUACUCUUUUCCAGAGCCUCCCAGGAUCCUCAACAGAGAUCCUGUAGAAGUGAAUCAGGAGGUCAUGUUGACGUGUGAGGUUCCAAAUGUCUAUCCAGCUGAGAAGAUGAGAGUAAGAUGGUUUCAGGGUGAUGAACAACAGAAUUCAGUUACAAAUAGGUCAGAUCCCACCACUGUCUGGGCAACAGCUGCAUGGACACCACGAGAGACCGGUCUGACUGAACUCAGCUGCAUGGCAGAUUUUGAGGAUUAUCCAUCAGUUCCACUAAAGAAUAAUAGCAUUUCCAUAGAAGUUUAUGUUUUCUCUGAUCCAAUAAUCCAAGUACCACCCAGUUUAGUGAAGAUCCCAGUGAAUAUUACCUGCAGUGUGUUUAAUGUCUCAGGGAAACUUCAGCUCAGAAUGAAGAAGGGAAGUGAGAUAUUAACGAGCAGAUCAGCCAGUACCGGGCUGACUAUCUACCACACUGUGAAUCCACAAGCAGGGCUGAAUGGACAGCAGUACACCUGCGAGGCUAAGCUCACUCUUCAACAUCACAGCAACCCCAUUGUUAAACAACGGUCUGCCACUCUCCCUGCAAGUAGCAUCGGACUGGUACCAAUGGAUGGUGAAGGUUACCAGUUUCUAGUUAUUUCUGUUUGCUUUUAUUGUUAUGGUCUGUAUCGGUAAUUUAGAGUUAAACAUAAGGGUUUGAAUGAGAAGUCUGUGAAUGAUAGGAGUACAGGGAGAGGCUCCACUUCCCAUCAGUCCCACUGGGACAUGGUGGUCCGCACACACCUAUCACAGUUAUCUAUCACAGAGUCCUAGCCAAUAGUUACCCCUGUGUUAGGGAUUAUUCUGGAGCUAUGAAAUUAUGGAUAGCAGACAUUAGUUCAAACAAGAAUUGUUAUAGAACAUGGAAUAUAGAACAGUAUAGCACUGGACAGACCAUUCGAUCCACCAUGUUGUGCUGAUCUUGAUGCCAAUUUAUACUAAAUGUCCUCCUCCUGUGCAUCAUCCAUAUCCCUCCAUCCCUUCAUAUUCAUGUGUCUAUCUAAAAGCCUCUUAAACUCCACCUAACUGCCUGCUUUCACUACUACCCCUGGUAACCCAUUCUAGGCACCUACCACUCUCUGCAUAACAAACUUCCCCCUUACAUUGCCUUUAAACUUCCCUGCCUCUAACCUUAAAAGCAUGUCCUCUGGUGUUUGGCAUUUCUACCCUGGGGAAAAGAUUCAGACUAUCAAUGCCUCUCACAAUUUUAAAAACCUCUUUCAGUUUUCCUCUCAGCCUCUGACGCUCCAUGGAGAACAAGCUUAUCCAACCCUUCCUUAUAGCUCAAACACUCUAGUUCAGGCAUAGUCUUGGUAAACUUCUUCUGCACCCUCUUGACAGUCUCCACAUCCUUCCUAUAAUGCUCCAAGUGCGGUCUGACUAAAGUUCUAUAUAGCUGCAGUAUGGCUUCCUUACUCUUAUACUCAACACCCCUAUCGAUGAAGGCAAGCAUGCCAUACGCCUUCUUUACCACCUAUCCACUUGCGUAGCUACUUUCAGUGAACUGUGGACCUGGACCCCAAGAUCCCUCAGAACCGCAAUGCUAUCAAGGGGUCUACCAUUAACUGUAUAUUUUCUCCUGUCAUUGCAUCAGCAUGCUGAUUGUGGAGAGAUAUUUCAAUGAUGCUGUUGUUAAUAUUGUUCUUGACGGAAGCUUCUGAUUGCAGUGUUAGUACCUAAUCACACUGUACCUGCACAUUCCUGGGAAUGCUCUGCUUUGGGGACCAGUUUGAACUUGUGUGUUACAAUGAUUCCCACAGACACUGGAACCUGAGUGCUGGUAACAGCAAUGAAAACCACUGAGAUCACAACUUUCCUGCGCACUAACUAAAAUGAAGUUUGGAUCAAAGACUUAUUCCUGAUUUACUCUGUGCCUUUUAACAUGUCUUGAAGAUUGGAUUCGAGUAAUUGGUGAAAACUGAUGUCAGUUUGACUGGAUUACACCUCAAUACAUUUCUGUCUAUUUUUUCCUGAUUUGCAGUGUUACAUUUUCUACCUUUCAAUUUACUGAGGCUGUUCCAGAGUCUUGGGGAUUUUGGGACAUCAUAAUAAUGCAUCCAUUAGCUCUGCAGCCACCUCUUUACAGCCUCAGGGAUUUGUCAGUUUUUAGUAUCCUCAGUCUCUCCAGGAUUCACUCCUCAGUGCUAUUAAUUACUUUCAGGUCCAAGUGUGAGUUGAUGCAUUUUGAAGGUCAAAUGCUUGAGGAAAGUGUACAGUAAAUGGCAGGACCCUUGGGAACAUUGAUGUACAGAGGGAUUCAUAGUUCCCUGAAAGUGGCAACACAAGUGGAUAGGGUGGUAGAGAAGGCAUACGGCAUGUUGCCUUCAUCGUUUAGGGCAUUGAGUAUAAAAAUUGGGAAGUCAUGCUGCGGCUGUAUAAAACUUCGCUUUGGCCACAUUUGGAGUAUUGUGUGCAGUUCUGAUCAUCACCCUAUAGGAAGGAUGUGGAGGCUUUGGAGAGGAUGUAGAACAGGUUCACCAGGAUGAUGCCUGGAUUGGAGUGUAAUGGCAAGGAGAGGUUGGACUAAGCUGGAUUGUUUUCUCCGGUACAUCAGAGAACAGAUAGAGUAGAUAGUCAAUGUCUUGAUCCCGGGUGGAUAAAUGGUUGGUGUAGACGUUGUGGGCCAAAGAGCCUGCUUCUGGGCCCUGCUGUUCUAUGUUCGAGAAAUACUACUUGUGUACAUAUGACUUUUUUUCCUGCAACUUGACUACUAUUGGUGUGGUUAGUCAAGGGCCAGAAGUAUGAUAUUACAAAACAAUGUAUCUUGCCAACUGCUGUAUUACAUUUGUACAAAUAUAUUCUGAUAAAAGUUGUAUUUUCAUUCUAAA